AUGAACAUGAUGAGCUCAUUCCAACAAGAACAAUCACUGGACACAGAAUGUGUGUCGACUACAGGAAAGCUGAACUCCUCCACGCGCAAGGACCACUACCCCUUGCCAUUCAUAGAUCAGAUGCUUGAGCGCCUUGCCAAUCAUCAAUACUACUGUUUCUUGGAUGGAUACUCAGGAUUUUUCCAAAUUCCAAUCCACCCAGAUGAUCAGGAGAAGACUACAUUCACUUGUCCCUAUGGCACAUAUGCUUAUAGGAGAAUGCCUUUUGGAUUGUGCAAUGCUCCAGCUACAUUCCAAAGGUGUAUGAUGUCCAUAUUCACAGAUCUCAUAGAAGAGAUUAUGGAGGUUUUCAUGGAUGAUUUCUCAGUAUAUGGUUCUUCCUUUGAAUCAUGUUUGGGAAAUCUUGGAAGAGUGCUACAGAGAUGUGAAGACAAGCACCUAGUUCUAAAUUGGGAGAAGUGCCACUUUAUGGUUAGAGAUGGAAUAGUGCUUGGACAUAGAAUCUCAGAGAGAGGCAUAGAAGUUGAUAAGGCCAAGAUUGAAGUAAUGACAAACCUUCAGCCGCCCAAGACAGUCAAAGAUAUCAGAAGCUUCCUAGGACAUGCUGGGUUCUACAGGAGGUUCAUUAAAGAUUUCUCACAGAUAGCAAGGCCGCUAACACGCCUAUUAUGCAAGGAUAUUAACUUUGAGUUCACAGAGGAGUGUCACAAGGCUUUCACUAAGAUCAAAGAUGCAUUGGUCAGUGCGCCAGUGGUUCAACCUCCAAACUGGGAACUACCUUUUGAGAUAAUGUGUGAUGCAAGUGAUUAUGCAGUAGGAGCAGUGCUUGGACAAAGAAAAGACAAGAAGCUACAUGUGAUCUACUAUGCCAGCAGAACACUUGAUGAGGCACAAUGCAAGCUACCUGAAGAAACAGUUUAUGCAGCUGAAGCUAGCAAUAAGCAUGGACAACUAGGCCAUCACAGGCCAGGAACAAAGAUCUCAUCAUCAAACACACCAUGGUUUCGCCACAUAGCAAACUUCCUUGCAGCUGAAUACCCACCACCAAACUUCUUUGGCUACAGAAAGAAGAAAUUUCUGCGUGAUGUAAGAAGGCACUUUGCCACUUACAAGACAGUAUCCAAGGUCCUACAAGCUGGAUUUUGGUGGCCAACUAUGUUUAAGGAUGCUCAUGCAUUCAUAUCAAGAUGUGAUGCUUGCCAAAGAAUGGGAAAUAUAAGCAAGAGGAAUGAGAUGCCACAGAACUUUAUACUAGAAGUUGAAGUUUUUGAUGUUUGGGGCAUUGACUUUAUGGGACCCUUCCCAACCUCUUUUGGUGACCAAUACAUUCUAGUGGCAGUUGAUUAUGUCUCCAAAUGGGUGGAAGCCAUUGCCAGCCCUACUAAUGACGCACAAGUGGUCAUCAAGAUGUUUAAAUCCAUCAUUUUUCCAAGUUGCCUCUCCUUACCACCCCAAACUAGUGGACAAGUUGAGAUCUCAAACAGAGAACUCAAGAGCAUACUUCAGAAGACAACAGGCAAGACAAGAAAGGAUUGGAGUGCCAAACUAGAUGAUGCUCUAUGGGCAUACCGCACUGCCUUCAAAACACCACUUGGUACCACCCCCUUUCAUCUUGUUUAUGGUAAAGCAUGUCAUUUACCUGUGGAGCUGGAGUACAAAGCAGCUUGGGCUAUUAAGGAGUUGAACUUCAACCUAAAGACAGCAGGAGAAAGAAGAUUGAUUCAGCUAAAUGAGCUUGAUGAGAUUAGGCAUCUGGCUUAUGAGAAUUCAAAGAUCUAUAAGGAGAGAACCAAAGCUUUCCAUGACCGCAAGAUCAUCCCAAAGAACUUUGCGCCAAACGACCAAGUUCUACUAUUCAACUCAAGGUUGAAACUCUUUCCAGGAAAGCUUCGCUCAAGAUGGUCAGGACCAUUCAGGAUUAAAGAAGUUCGCCCCUAUGGAGCAGUGGUACUAUGGGACCCAAUGGGAGGAGACUUUACAGUCAAUGGACAAAGGUUAAAACCUUACCUAGCCUCCACCACCAUACCACAGGAGACCACACUGGCUCUUGGCGAUCCACCAGAUCCUUAA